AUGGAACAGCAGAUAUUAGGAACCCAUAUCAUUGCACGAAAUGUUAAUUCAGAAGAAGUAACACAUGAUAACGAACCAUUUAUAGAGAUACAUUUGGAUGAAAUAUUUGAAAUUCAAAAAAAUCAAGAUCUCAUAUUCGGAGUUCAAGAUGCAAAUGGUGUUCAAAAAUAUUUUACGAGAAUAAGAUCGUUUUAUGACCCUGAUGCAUGCGUUGAUUUUAUUUCAUCAUAUGAAUGGCGAAAGAUAUUUCUUACACUGACUGAUAAAUUCGUUGAUAUUAUACCGUUAAUACAUGACCUCCCACAAAUUGUCUAUAUAUACAUAUAUUCUCUUUCGCCGUGUGAAGUUCAAAUUGAUAUGCAAAUAUAUCCAAAAUUAAGAGCUGUUGUUAAUGCAACUUCUCCAGAUGCUGACAAACAACUUCUUGGAGACAUCGAAACAUUUAAACGAGAUUUACUAACAAUAAAUGUUGUCAAUCCAGUUAAACGAAAAACUAAAUUACUUACCGAUGAUACAGUAGAAGAUCAAACAGCUAUUAACACUUUAUCGGUUAUUUGGUUUCAAGAAGAUGAUAAUGGAAAUUCAACUGCAAUAACAACUAUUGAAAAGAAAUUAAAUUCAAUAAAAAAAUUCGUUAAAAUCGACGAAUGUCGUGAUUAUAUUGAUUCAUUACCUGAUGAUAUUCAGAUAUCUUUUAUUUCACCUAAAUUAGAUAACGAUUCUAUGUUAUCAUUAUUUUCUCUAACAAAAAUUCGUUUCAUUUAUAUAUUUCAAAGUGAAGAAAACAAUGAACCAAUAUUCUUUCAAUCAUCAAAAAAAAUUCGUGGAAUAUAUUCUAAUAUUGAUAGUUUAUGUGAUCAAUUAUGGAAAGAUUACAAAAAAUAUUCUGACGAGGCUGAAAUUUCUAUUAGUAUUUUUAAUAAAGAUAAAAAUCAAAAAACUCUUCGAAAUUUACAUGAAGAUAAUACACGGUUUAUAUGGUUCCAGUUAUUAAUCGAUAUUCUAAUCAAAAUACCCCAUAAUUAUAACACAAUGGAUGAAAUGUUAGCUGAAUGUGAAAAAUAUCAAAUGAGAACAAACACUUUAGAAAAGAAGAACAUCGAAGAUCUACGUCAAAAUUACCAAUCAAGCAAAGCUCUUGAAUACUAUACAGGUGCCAGCUUUUUAUUUCGCCUAUUAAAUCAAGCACUUCGUACAGAAAAUAUUGAUCUUAUCUUCGUAUUCCGUUCUUUCUUAACUGAUAUGUAUAAUCAAUUACAACAACUAUAUGUCAAACAAUUUAUAAAUAAUACAACUAGUAGUAGUUUAACUCUUUUUCGAGGUCAAUCUAUGAACGUCAAGGAAUUCAAUGUUAUUAAGGAUAAUGUUGAUCGUUUAAUAUCAAUUAAUCAAUUUUUUUCAACGACUAAAGAUUAUGAUCUUGCAUAUAUUUUUGCUGGAUGCGACGACACCUGUAAAUCUACAGAUAUCAUAUCUGUUGUAUUUCAAAUUGAAAUUGAUGAUACUCGUCAUUCAUUAAAAAGGCCGUUUGCUUGUUUAAAAGAAUUAAGUAAAGUGGAAGCUGAAGAAGAAAUACUUUUCUCGCCGGGAACAGUAUUUCGUAUUGAAAACGUGGAAACUAUGCCAGGUAAUGCUAAAAAUUGGUAUGUUCAAUUGAACUUAGUUAACGAUGAUGCAGAAAAUGAAUUAAGUAAUUUGCGAAAUCAAUUAGAAAAAGAAUAUUGCGAUGACCCUAGCUUGGCUACACUUGGAGACGUAUUGAUUCAAAUGGGCGAAUAUGAUAAGGCCGAAAGAUAUUUACAUAUUAUUAUUGAACAUACUACACAAAAUCCAGAAUUUUUAGGUAAGGUUCACAUCGGUCUCGGAAUUACUCAUUAUAAUAGAGGAAACUAUCAUAAAGCAUUGCAACAUUAUCAACAAGCACUAGAAUUUUAUUUAAAACUACAUUACAAACGUGAUCCAGUUGAUAAUAUUGGAGUAACCUAUACUCAUAUUGGUUCAACUUAUCAUGAACUUGGAAAUGAUCAAUUAGCGUUGGAAUAUUUCAAUAAAGCUCUUGAUAUUCAGAGGCUACCCAGAAGAAAUGCCUAUACAUUUAAUCAAAUUGCACUGAUAUAUCAAAACAAGGGUGAUUAUCAUCAAACUUUAGAAUACUUUCAAAAAGCAUUAAAAAUCGAUGAAGAAGUUUUAAAUCUCAAUAAGUAUCAUCCAAAGCUAGCUACAGCUUAUAAUAACAUUGGCGAUACAUAUUGUCGCUUAGAAGAUUAUGAUAAUGCUUUAAAGUGUUUACAACAUGCGUUAGAUAUACGGCUCAAGGGUACAGUUUCAACACAUGAAGAUCUUGCUGCAAUCUAUAGCAAUCUAAGUUUUGUUUAUUUAAGCAAACGUUGUUUAAAAGAAGCUUUGGAAAUGGCUGAAAAGGCACUUGAAAUUGAUACUAACGCUUUACCCGAGAAUCAUAUGUCUUUAGCUAACACGCACAAUAGCAUUGGAACUAUUUGUAUAGAAUAUGGUGAUCUCAAUAAAGCUUCGUUUCAUCUGGAAAAAGUAGUCGAGAUAAUAUCAAAAUCUGAUGUAAAGAAUAUUAGUAUGGAUCAUAUUCAAUAUCAAAUCAAUUAUGGUCACUUACAAAUACUUAAAGGUAAUUAUUCAAAAGGAGUAGAUAUUUUAGAAAAUGUAUUAAAAACUCAACUGGAAGUCUUUCCGAAUAAUUCUCCUCAUAUUUGUAAAACAUAUAUGGCAUUGUCGUUUGCCUAUGAAAGGCAGAAUGACGUAUCAAAAGCUCUGGAGUAUUUAGAACAAUACCUUGAAUAUGCUCAUACCUCAUCAUUAUUAAUUAAUCGAAAUGAAUUAUCAUUCAUUCAAGAUAAGUAUAACAAGAUGAAAACAGCACAUACGAAGAACGAUGAAAAAGCUACAGAACCAUUUUUUGAACAAGUAGCUAAAGACGCUAGCACCAACGGGAGAAAUCACAUGUUAGCUGAUGCAAAUAAAAAAUCAGAGCGUUUAUCGUUAAUUGAUAUUAAUAGCCGUAUUUGUGAACUUAUUGUGACUGGAACUAUGAAUUCUAAAACAUCAAAUUUUGAAUCAGCAACGAAAGCCUUCGAAGAUGCUAUUCUAAUUUACAAUCAGCGUCCUGAACUUACAAUGAUAGACGAGCAAAAUUUAAAUGAAUCGAUGGUUGUUGUAUAUCAUAAUUUCGCUCGAUUGUAUUAUCGUCAGGAAGAAUGGUUAACAGCUAUGCAGCUAACAGAAAAAUCACUUCAUUUAGCACUUCGUCAAGAAAAGCAACAUUCAUUCUUGCCCGAAAUUUAUAAUCUUCUAGGAGUCACUUGCACACGGCUUCAGUUUUACUUAAAAGCUGAAUGUUGUCAUAAACUGUCUAUUAAAGCAGCUGAAAAAAUUCUUCCACCUGAUCAUCCGGACAUUCAACGAUAUUAUAAGCAAAUGAAUCAAUUACAAUUUCUAAUGCAAGCUUAUCCAAGCCAUGUACUCGAUUAA